GGCGUGGAGGGGCGCCCGCUGCGGCGCUCGGGCGGCGCGUGAGUGUCCGCGGCCCCUCGCGGGCCUCCAGCCAGGAAACCCUGACCGGACCGAGGGUGUCCUGGGUGCCCAGGCCCCGGGGGCUCCCCGAAGCACAAGGUGACCUGUGCAGGAGGAGCCGGGGAAGGCCCCGAGAGAGAUGGGAAGAUGGGGCUCCAGACCUUUGGAUCUUCGGUCCAAAAAUACUUAAAACAUUGUUGAGGACAGAUACAGGAUUGCCAACUUCCCAAACAGAGCGGAGACUUCAGCAUGUAGGUGGCCCAUAGUGGGAAUGGAAAACCCCUAAGAGGGAACUUUGGAGAAACACCACGACUUAACAGAUUGCAAGAACAGUAAAUGUGUCCUUAAGAAGACCAUCUUUCAAGAAAUACAGUCUUUGGGGGUGAUUCUAGAUUCACAAUGGAGGUUCCUCCAGCAGCUAAGUUUGGUGAGACCUUUGUAUUUGAGGAUGGGUUAGAGAUGCAGCAAGAACUUUUCCCGGAGGAGGACCUGGGAGACCCUUUUCUUCAGGAAAGAGGUUUAGAGCAAAUGGCUGUUAUUUAUAAGGAGAUCCCUCUUGGGGAGCAAGGCGUGGAACAUGACGAGUAUGAGGGCAAUUUCAGUCUGUGCUCAAGCCCUGUUCAGCAUCAAAGUACCCCCCCGGUAAACAGACCCCAGGAUGAUGAAAUCUUCAGCCAAACCUUCUUCCAGAAAUCAGACCUUAGUAUGUGCCAGAUAAUUCACAGUGGAGAAGAACCCAGUAAACACAAUACUUGUGAGAAGGCGAGCAGGGCGCACUCAGGACCUAAAGAACCUCACAGAACUGCACCACCAGCAAAACCCUACGCGUGUCGGGAAUGCGGGAAGGCCUUCAGCCAGAGUUCACACCUUCUUAGGCACCUGGUAAUUCACACUGGGGAGAAGCCCUAUGAGUGCUGUGAGUGUGGCAAGGCCUUCAGCCAGAGCUCACACCUCCUCAGACAUCAGAUAAUCCACACUGGAGAGAAGCCCUACGAAUGCCGGGAAUGCGGAAAAGCCUUUCGCCAGAGUUCAGCCCUCACACAACACCAGAAAACCCACACUGGGAAGAGACCAUAUGAGUGUCGGGAAUGUGGGAAAGAUUUCAGCCGGAGCUCAAGUCUCAGAAAACACGAGAGAAUUCAUACAGGAGAGAAGCCUUAUCAGUGUAAGGAAUGUGGGAAAUCCUUCAAUCAGAGUUCUGGCCUGAGCCAGCAUCGGAAAAUCCACACCCUGAAGAAACCUCACGAAUGUGAUCUCUGUGGGAAAGCCUUUUGUCACAGGUCCCACCUCAUUCGGCACCAGAGGAUUCACACUGGGAAGAAACCGUACAAAUGUGAAGAGUGUGGGAAGGCCUUCAGCCAGAGCUCCAACCUCAUUGAACAUCGUAAGACCCACACUGGUGAGAAACCCUACAAAUGCCACAAGUGCGGGAAAGCCUUCAGCCAGAGCUCGUCCCUCAUUGAACACCAGCGCAUCCACACUGGGGAGAAGCCCUAUGAGUGUGGCCAGUGCGGGAAGGCUUUUUGCCACAGCUCUGCUCUGAUUCAGCACCAGAGGAUCCACACUGGGAAGAAACCCUAUGCAUGCAACGAGUGUGGCAAAGCCUUCCGGCACAGGUCGGCCCUUAUUGAGCACUAUAAAACCCACACCAGAGAGAAGCCGUAUGAGUGUAACAGAUGUGGCAAGUCCUUCAGGGGAAGCUCACACCUUAUUCGGCAUCAGAAAAUCCAUGCCGGGGAGAAGCUCUAGAAGGAGGAGCUCACACCAAAGCUCAAAACCCUUUCCCAGGUGGAGCCCACACCCCAUCGCCUUGUCUGUAAAACCCCACCCACCUUCCUGAUCCCAGGGCCGAAUGGAAACAUGCCAACCCCAGUGCUCCUGGCCCCCCACACUUGCACCUGGCCAGGUGCCCCACAUGCAGCAGGUUUACUGAGUGGGCGGGAGGAUGGAAUAAUGGGGAGGCCACUGAAACAGAGGCGUGCCCACAAAGAGAGCUGGCCUUCAGUUGUUCACAUUUGACUCCCAAGCCUGUGAGAUUGAAUUUUGCUGUUUCUUCACCUUUGUCAAAAUCCAGAAGAAUAAAUACCCAAGGGAGAAAGUUGAGUUAAACACACAAAGAUGUCAGAUGAACUCUUUAACAUCAGCUGCAGUCUGGCACUUUUAGAAGAUAGACCUGUGCUCAAAAGUCCAAAUCUGCUAAAGAAAAAUGAGUUCAAAAGUAGAUGCAUUAACAGGAAAAUGGAAUCUUUCACCUGGCUUGGCACUGGUGGGGACAACCAAAACAGGUUACAGAAUAAAAGGAGGGUCUGGAAGGAUUCAUUUUGGGGUUGGGGAACAGGGUGGGGAGCCCCUGGCAUGGUCUCUUAAUCCCUGUUCUGGGUUAGAGUAAGGGUAGUUUCUGGCAGAUGGCUCUUUCACAGGAUGGUAGAAGUUUGGUCCUGUAGGCCACAGGACAUUUGACACUGGCUUUGACUCAGCCUGGCCCAAGGCAUUAGCGCCCUCCGGUUAUAACCCCUCCACAAGACUUAGGGCUCCCAAGACCACAGUGUGCCUUGGUCAGCAGCAGGGCCCCCUCUCUGCCCUCCAGUGCUGGGGGGACAGAGGAAGCAGGGUGAUUCAGUCAUAGGUCCCAGUUCAAAUCCCAGUUCUGCCCCUCCUGCUUGGUGACCUUGAGGAAGCUCCAAGGCUCCUGUUUCCCUAUCUGUGAGAUGGGGAUAGUGGGACCUGGCCACAUACCUCUGAGGGUGCAAGACUCUUGUUCAGAAUGAAACCACCCAUGCAAGUGCUUUGGCAACUGGCAGUUGAGGAUAGAGACCCAGAGGGACCCUUGUGCCACCCAGAGAGAUAUUUCCUAAAGACCAGAGAGGCAUCCCUGCUGGUUCCCCAGAUGGCAGGGCUUGCAGCCCAUCCUCUCGUUGAAUGAGGGCUUAGGCUUUCCUUCACUCCCUCCAGCCUGCACCCUGGGCUGUGGAUGCCCUGUGGGGCCAUGUCCCAGCUAGGGACUCUUUCCACUUGCCAUCCUGAAUCUCUCCCCAGCAGCUGUGUGGUCUGAGUAGCCCACGUCCCCAUACUUCUCUCUGUCUUCUCCCAGACAUUGUUCAGAAAGUACCAUUGCCUGUGUCCCGCCUAGACUGGUUCAGUCAGCAUCCCCAGAGGUGGGACUCAGAUGGUGAUGUGUAUUUAAAGCUCCCCGGGUGAUUAGAACAUUCCAGUAUGUAGCUAGUGUGAGCCCUAUGCUAGGCAUCCAUUUAGCCCCAGCAUCUUGCAAAUGUCAGGCCUGCUUGCCAUGAGCAGAGUUUGAAGGUGGCCGUUCUAUCUCAGUCCCCGUGCUUCCCACCCCCUAAGAAUGGGCUCAGGCAGUGCCGAGUCUGGCUGGUUGAUAAGUGCUUGUCUCAGAUCCUCAGGCCUUCGUGUGGCCCCCAGGAUUUCUAUGGUACUGCCUUCCCUUAGGCUCCUCAGAGGCAGUCUGAGCGAUUUUGAAAUUUUCCAAGUUUACAACUGGAAUCCCAACUCCAUCUUGGUAAUACAGACUAUUUCAGCUAAUCAGAAGCUCAGCUUGGCAGUCUUGUAUAGUUUUGAUGAGUAAAAAUGGACAAGUUACUUAGUAAGUGGGGCUCGGCAGCCUGGAGAUUUUAAGAGGCCAGGUCUCUACCUGGAGGGGAUCACAGUGGGAGUCCCAUUAUAAGAACAGCAGCUGCUCCUGUCCAACUCGUGUCUGUGUUGUGUGAGUGAGACCUUGAGCCAGCACCCUGGGUCUCCUAGAACCUACUGUACCACUGGCUAGACUGGCCUGCCUGGCUGGCCCUUGGGUAUUGUCUGCAGGUGGCCUGCACUGACAGUCUUCGGUCACUUACCAAGAAUGCAGAGAGAAUCGAGAGCCCCUGCUCAGCAUGGGUGGACAGCAGCCCCCUGCCCAAGAUCUACCUCCUUGGCACCCCCAAUUCGGCCCUGCCUUGGCCAGGUCUGUCCUUAUCGGGCAGUCAUCAGUUUCCUACCUUUGAUAUCUCUCUCCAUGUGCUUUCUGCACACCCCAGCCAAAUUGAUUUUCUUAAAGCAUCUCUUUGCACAUGCCACCAUUCUCCUUAAAACCAACCCUCAGGGGCUUGCCUGCCCAUAUGGCCCCAUUUCAGCCAAUCUGGUUUGCUCCUUCUGAACAGACCACAGAGAGUUCAUGCCAACCUCCCCAGACACUCCCUCCUCUCCCAGCUUCUCUCAGCUUAUUUUAUGCUGUUCUUCAUUCUGGAAUAUGCACUUUCUCCUCUUCCUUGACCCCACGCCCUCCUUCUCUUGAUAGUUUAUGUAACGUGGGGAUUGAGAUCCCUUUUCUUAAGGGUUGACGGAUUCUCACAUAACCAUGGUAGGACCAGGUACUUCUCAAAAUGUGAGCAGAACCUAGUCCCUUCUGUUCACAUUCCUCCACCAUUUUAUGUAUUUUUAAAUCCUUCAAUUUAUUUAGGUUUUUGAACAGUGUAAUAUUACAAGAGAACAUCCUGGUAAUAUUUUAAUUGUCCUUGGAUUUAGUUGUCAUUUGUUUUUGUUUGGUUGUCUUACAUUAUUUUCCUUCUGAUGGCAGAUGUUGAGUGUUGUAAAGCUCCAGUCUUGGUCUUGUUUACUAAUUGAAUGGUUUUGUCAAAGUGUAUGUAUGCCAUCUGUUUUCUUUUUUUUUUUAUUUUACUUACUAUUUUACAUUUCCAAGAUUAUUUAGACAUAGCUAAUCAUAUUUUUAAUGUUUCUAGUAAAUGCAGGUACUCUGAUCUACGACUUUUUUCUUAGAGCUUUUUCUGCACUCUGUCAUUUUGACAUGUGCAAAUUUUUGAUACCAUAUUAGGAAUUUCCUUUUGGCCCAAGUGCUGUUAUUUUAUUUUUUAUUUCCAAGUGAUGAAUGCAUAGGUCAUUGCUGUUCUUUCUUAUUGUACUGUGGUGUCAACAUUUCUAAGUGUCCAUAGAACUACUCUGGGCCUGAAGAUAUGAUCAAUUUCUAUAAAGCCUUUGUGUACUUUCCACAAAUAUGUUUGUACUCCAUCAGUUCUAUUUGUUAACUUGUUUUUAAAUUACUUUUAUUCAAAUUCA